GGUUUAGUUGAAUUGUCUUGUUUCUUCAUUAUUUCCUUUACCUGUUCUGUGUGUUCUUCGAGUGAUUGAAGGAAAAUCCAACCGUACGACAUAAAGAAUGGCCAGUUUAAGGGUGUUCCUGUGUUGCUUUCUUAUCACUGCAAGUUCCAUCAACCUCGUAUGCAGCCGUAGUCUGCAAAAGCAUCAUGCCGCCUUGUUUGUCUUCGGUGAUUCACUCUUUGAUCCUGGAAAUAAUAACUACGUUGGCACGAUUGGUCGAGCAAAUUUUUAUCCAUAUGGUGAAACCUUCUUCAACCACCCCACUGGGAGGUUUUCUGACGGUCGUUUAAUCUCCGACUUCAUUGCCAUGUAUGCAAAUUUACCGCUAAUUCCUCCGUAUCUUCAACCUGGGAAUCAUCAGUUUAUUUACGGGGCCAACUUUGCUUCAGCUGGAGCUGGUGCUUUGUCUGAAACUUUUCAAGGAUUUGUGUAGAUUUGAAGACUCAGUUACGUUAUUUCAAGAAAGUGGCAAAGCUGCUGAGCCAGGAACUAGGUGAUGCAGAAGCCAUGGCCUUCUUCUCCAGAGCCGUAUAUUUAUUCAACGUCGGAGCCAAUGAUUACAUAUUACCUUUCACCUCAAACUCCACGGUACUUGAAACCUUCUCCAACAAGAAUAUGUCGGAAUUACGUUAUUUCAAGAA